CUGAGUGUAGUGUUGCGUUGCGCAGCAGCUGCAGUCUGUGUGUGAGGGAGCGGGAUGCCGACUGACGUGUCUCAGUGGUGCGGGGCUCUGGCCCUGGAUGAGGUGGACGAGAAGCCUGCACAGCCGCUUAGUGUGAGCUACGGUCCCGCCGUGGGGAUAGAGGAGUUUGGCCAAGUGCUGACCCCCACCCAGGUUCAGAACCGUCCAACAUUCAUUUCAUGGGAUGGAAUGGAUAGCAGCAAGCUGUAUACCCUUGUGCUUACAGACCCAGACGCACCAAGCAGAACGAAUCCAAAAUUCAGGGAAUAUCAUCACUUUAUUGUCAUAAAUAUGAAAGGAAAUGAUAUUGGCAGCGGUUGUGUCCUGUCUGAUUACAUUGGUUCAGGUCCACCCAAAGGAACGGGUCUUCAUCGCUAUGUCUGGUUGGUCUAUGAGCAGAAAGAAGUGUUGAAGUGUGACGAGCGAAUACUGUGCAACCGUUCAGGGGAACACAGAGGGCUGUUUAAAGUACUUUCAUUCCGCAAGAAAUAUAAUCUGGGAAGUCCUGUUGCUGGGAAUUGCUACCAGGCAGAGUGGGAUGAUUAUGUCCCUAAAUUGUAUGAGCAGCUGAGUUCAUAAAUGAAAUAGAAAAUCUCUUAUAUGUGUAGUAAAAAAAUAAUCCACUUGAUGAGGUUGCCAUUCGGUUAUUGUGGUAAAAGUGUGUAACUUCUGUCAUUUAAGCUUCCUCAGUAAAGGAACCUGCAUAUUGUCAUUAGCAGCAGUAUACAGCGCUUGUAGUAAACAUCCAAGACUAAUGGUAAUAACAUCACCUUUGCAAAAGCAAGCAUGUUCCUGUAGCAUUUCUUUCUGUCAGAACAGCAGGGAUUAGAACAUAGUUUGUCACAUGCACAGUUCUUUCUUUUGCAUGAAAAUAAAGUAAAACAUAAA